CUUCUAUGUGCUGCGGCCACACCGUGCGCUCCGAUGCUGCAGCAAGUAGCGACUACUGGUCCCGGUCACAUGACUGUGAUGUCAGCAUACGUCCUCCGGUACCACAGGCUCCUGCUGGCAGCAAUGCAUCUAUAGCCCCGCUUCAUGCUCCAGCGUUGAGGGGUUGCUGCUGCUGCUUGGCGGCCGGGGCGGCCCGGGAUGUCCGCUCUGGGCCCAGCUGCAAGGUAGGCUGGGGCAGCACAGGAGCUCGCACUUGAUUAUUCUGCCGGCUGGGCCCCUCACAUAGCAAGGAAACAGUAUUUGGGAUUUAUGGCUGGCAUUUGACACCAUGCACCAUCGUUGGCUGCUGCUUAUUGCAUGUUUCUGGGUCCUGUUCAUGUUAAUGGUUGCAAGCAAAUUCAUCACCCUAACAAUGAAGAACCCUGAGGGUUAUGGAAUGAGGCCGGGAUCAUUGACCAUUUUACCUGAACUCGAAAAAAUGACCGUGACCGAAGCAAGGGAGUUGCAGACCGAUAGCCAGACAACUGCAGAUCCCAUGAAAAAUAUGACAGUCAUCGAUCUCGUCCACAAAGAGCGUCGAGAACUGCUCAGAAGUAUUUGCAGUAAUGGAUCCCUCAGUAACCUCUCACAUUCCAUCAUCUCUAAGUUUGUAUUAGAUCGAAUUUUCGUCUCCGACAAGCACAAGAUCUUAUUUUGUCAGACACCCAAAGUAGGAAAUACACAGUGGAAAAAAGUUCUCAUUGUUGUAAAUGGGGCAUUUCCUUCUAUCCAUGAAAUCCCAGAAAAUGUGGUCCAUGACCAUGACAAGAAUGGUCUUCCCCGACUUUCUUCAUACAGUUUAUCAGAUGUACAUGAACGCCUGAAUUCAUAUUUCAAGUUUUUCAUUGUCCGAGAUCCAUUUGAGAGGCUUAUUUCUGCCUACAAGGAUAAAUUUGUAAAUAAUCCCCGAUUUGAGCCAUGGUACAAGCACAACAUUGCUCCAGUCAUUAUUCGCAAAUAUAGAAAAGACCGCACAGAAGCCAAGGGAGGACUGCAGUUUCAAGACUUUGUUCGCUAUUUGGGCGAUCCAAACCAUAAGUUUCUUGAUAUUCAGUUUGGGGAUCAUAUAAUCCACUGGCUAACUUAUGUGGAACUUUGUGCACCAUGUGAAAUUAAUUACAAUGUUAUUGGACAUCAUGAGACUCUUGAGGAAGAUGCUCCAUACAUCUUAAAAGAAGCUGGUAUAGAUGGGCUGGUGUCCUACCCCUCAAUACCUCUGGGCAUCACACAGUACAACCAGUCAAAGGUGGAACAUUAUUUCUCCAAAGUUUCCAAGAGAGAUAUCAAACGUCUUUAUGACCGAUUUGAAGGAGACUUCAAGCUUUUUGGAUAUAAAGAGCCAACAUUUUUAUUUCAAUAAUGUGGUACUGUAUAUGGUGGGUUUAAGUCGAAGAUCCACAGUACAUCAUCACUGCAACAAAAGAACUGCUGAAUUUGAUCACAUGGGCUGCAUACAAUUGUUAGGACCUCUUUGAUGCUGAGAUUUGCACUUAACCCACCUGCACUGUGUUGAUGCUCUGAUGUGUUUGACCACAUGUGGUUGGAAUUUGGAAUUACUGGAACUGGAAUUGCUUGAAGGGGUAAAACUCAAAUGAGAAUGUGAAUAACAAAUCUAUUUGUAUUCAGCCUUGUUUUAAUUGGUCACUCUUUUGUUUUGUAUUUCUGAAAGAGCCAUUCGUUUCACCCAAUUUUGUAACCUUUACCAAUAUUUAUGUGGGUCUCUGUUAUUAACUGGGUUUAUAAUGAUUGUAUUACAUGAAGCCCUGAAACCUGUUAAUAUUGGGCUUCACCAAACAAACUUCUUUCUCGUUUUAUUUGAGUUAUGAAAUAUUACUGAAGCAUUGACAUAAAUAUAUUUUUCUUUUAAAUAAAGCAGCUUCUAGGUUUAAAGGUGCUUUAAACUUAGAUUUAAAUCAAUCCAUCUCCCCUAGGAAUAAUCCCAUAUUUGUAAGAAGGAAAACAAGGUCUGCUGAAUUUUAAGACUUAAUAUGGCCGACAUGAAAACUGAAGUCGUCCUUUAAAUACUUGGGGGGAAAUAUACUAAGAAUCGUGUUUGGUCGAUUUGGUAUUUUUCCAGCGAUAAAGUCGCGAUUUGGCAAAUCGUGAAUUUGAUAAUGGCAAAUUCAUAUGGAAAUCACAUUUGACUCGAUUUCGCAGUCCAAAUCACCUUCAGAACAAACAUAGGGCCUAAUUCAGAGUUGAUUGCACUAACAAAUUUGUUAGCAGUUGGGCAAAACCAUGGGGGUCAUUCCGACCCGUUCGCAUGGUGCUGGUUGUCGCAGCACUGCGAAUGGGUUGGGGCUGCGCGGCGCUCACAAUGCGCAUGCGCGUCGUUGCCUGGCAGUAUUGUUAGCAAAUCUAUGAUUUGCAGCGCAAAACGUUCCAGCGAUAAAGGGGAAAUCGUGAGUCGCAGCCCAACACAAUUCUUAGUAAACUUCCCCUUAUUGUUGAUUUUUUUUUAUUUUUUUUUUAUAAGAGAAUUUAGUUUUAUCAGUGUAUGAGUGUGAGGCAAGUAAAAUGACAAAUAAAAGAAUGCACUGCUA